UGUAUAUUGAAAGAGUUCAAUAUGAAUUCGUCCUUUUUACUCAAAAGACUGGGCAACUAUCUAAAAACCACCUGCAGAAUGCUGUCAACAGCAGAGGAGCAACAUGUGAUUACCAAAGAAAUCGAAAACAAAGCUAUAAUAAUUCUCAAUCGACCAAAAUCUUUAAACGCACUAGGGACCCUUUUAAACCAACAACUGACAAAUUCCCUAAGGAAAUGUAUGCGAGAAAAUUCUUUAAUUAUCUUAAAAGGUGCUGGAGAUAACGCAUUUAGCGCUGGAGGAGAUUUAAUCGAACUUAAAACUUCUUAUGAAGAAUCGCAAUUGAAAAAGGUUGGAGAACUAGUGCAGAUCCUUCACAAUAUUAUAUAUUUAAUUCAUACUUCAAAAGUUCCUGUUAUAGUUUUCAUGAAUGGUAUUACUUUUGGUGGAGGAGCUGGCAUAGCUUCCUUCGCUACCUACAAAAUAGCAACAGAGAAAACUCAAUUUGCAAUGCCAGAAUCGAAAAUUGGUUUCCAUCCAAACGUAGGAGGAACCUAUUUCUUAAACAGAGCUAAAGGUAGACUUGGGUAUUACCUAGGAUUAUCAGGAAAUACAUUAAAAGGAUCUGAUGUUUUACAAGCUGGCUUUGCUACCCACUACUGUUUAAGUAAAAAUUUAGAAACAUUAGAAAAAGCUAUUCUCUAUUCAAGCACAAAAGAUAAUACAAAAGAGAUUAUAGAUGAUAUUUGUGAAAGGAAUAUCCCUUAUUUUAGUUUAGCUUCUGUAAUGGAUACCAUAGACCGGUGUUUUUCAGCUCCUACAGUUGAGGACAUUUUUAAAAAAUUAGAUGAAGAUGGGUCUGAUUGGUCCAGAAAAACUGUUAAAAAGUUGAGGAAAUAUUCGCCGACUUCUUUGAAAGUAAUAUUGAGACAGUUGCAAAAAGGUAAACAUUUUGAUUUGGAGGAAUGUUUAGUCAUGGAAACCAACUUGACCGUGAAUUUUUAUAAAUUUCCUGAUGUGCUAGAAGGGACUAGAACUGCGCUUAUCGAUAAAGGUGAUAUACCUCAUUGGAAUCCAUCCAAAUUAGAAGAUGUUACAGAGGAAUUAAUAGAUAAACAUUUUGAAGAAUGCAUGGGUGAAGAACAAAGAAGAUUGUUUCGUAAUUUGCAAAUAAAUCUAAAUUGAAAUAUAUAAGAAAGAAUAAUACAAUAUUAAUAUUUUUUCAUUAAGCGAUAUUAAAAAACGACUAUAUCGUUAAUGUGGAACUUUA